AUGACGACCGAUCUCCCGUUAGUUAUAAAUGACAACAAAAAGUCCAUCAUUGCACUUGAUUGUGAUGGUGUGCUACUGAACUAUCAGGCAACGUUUGGACAAAUCUAUGAGAAAGCAUUUGGAAAACAAUUGACUGUGGUUUCGCCCAAUGCGUAUCAUUCUACUACCAUGUAUGGUGUCACUUUUACACCCGAAGAACGCACUCAGUUCAAUGCAGUAUGGGAUGUUGAUGGAUGGCGAACAAUGCCCAUGCAUGAUGGAGCUCUUGAAGCAUGCCACUUGUUACAUGAAGCUGGUUAUGAACUUAUAUGUGUGACAUCAAUGCCUGCUAGUUUUACUGAACAUCGUUUGGAAAACUUACGUUCUCAUGGAUUUCCUAUCGAUCGAGUCAUCAGUGCAGGACAUGAUAAAGAAAAUCCGAGCCGUAAUCCAAAGAAACAAGCUAUCGAACAAUUACAUCCAGCAAUAUUCGUCGAUGAUUUACGACUAAAUUUCACAGAUAUCGAAGAUGUACAAACGAAAUUCGUUUUUAUCGAUAACGACUGUCAUGAUGAUCCGAGUCGAAAUGACAAUAUUCAUUACGAUGCUAAAUAUCCAAGUCUAUUGGCAUUUGUCAAAGAUUUUCUUGGACAAGGUAUUGUCUGGACAGAAAGACCACAUAAACUUAUCUCUUCUAAUUGA